GCCGGGCCCCGGCCCGCCCUCCACGGGCGACCCCAGCCUCGUCCCGCUGCUCGGCCCGCCGGGCCGCCGACCCCCGGCGCGACCCCCCGGGGGGGAAGGCGACGACGAGGACGAGGAAGAAGAGGAGGAGGAGGAGGAGGAGGAGGAGGCGGAAGACCGGGAGGUCGCGAGGGGCAUGUCUCGGCCCAGCAGCGUGAGCACCCCCGGCCUCGGGGCCCCCCUCCGCGGGGGCGCGGAGCUCCGCUCGGCCUGGGCCGAGGCCGAGUCCCGAGCCAACGGGUUCCCCUGCCCUUCGGGACCGGGACCGAGGCCGGAACCGGGCCCGGGCCCGGGACCCCCGCCGCCGCCGCCGUCGGCCCCGCGCGGGCUCAGCGAGCCGGACCCCGCAGCCCCGAGAGCCGGAGGUGGGGGCGGCGGAGUGGGGGGCGGCAUGGGGGGCGGCGGAGUGGGGGGCGGCGGGGGAGGCUUCCACUCCAAGCCGGCCUGGCAGGCGCACGGCGAGGACGGCGGCCGCGGGAGCCGCCGCAGCUACCGGCGGGGCCCGGCCGGGGGGUCGUCCGCGGGCUCGGGGCCCGGCGGCGAGGGCGGCCUGGGCCCGGGCGGCGAGGGGCGGCCGCGCUCCGCGGAGCCGGGGCCGGGAGACCGGCGGGGCCGGCGGCGGGCGGGAGCCGGGGGUCCCGGGGCCGAGCCCGGCGGCCCCGACGGGGCGGGGGGCGGCGAGGACGCGGACUCGCGCGGGAGCCCCGCGGCGUCGUCGUCGUCGUCGUCCCCCCACGCGCGCUGUUGCCGGGGCCUGGCGCGCAUCUUCCGCUCCAAGAAGUUCCGCUCGGAGAAGCUGGAGCGGCUGUACCAGCGCUACUUCUUCCGACUGAACCAGAGCAGCUUGACCAUGCUGGCCGGAGCCCUGGCCGUCGUGGGCCUCGUGCUGCUGGGCCUGCACGCCGCCCGCGGGCGCGACCACCUGCCCUUCGCCGCCGUCCUGGCCGGCGCCGUGGUCGCCGUGCUGGUCCUGGCCGCGCUGUGCAACCGGGCGGACUUCCACCAGGAUCAGCUGGGCCUGGCCUGCUACGCGCUCAUGGCCGUGCUGCUGGCCGUGCAGGCGGCCAGGGUCCUCCUGCCGCCGCCGCCGCCGCACAGCGCCUCGGACGGGCUCUGGUGGACCGUCUUCUGCGUCUACACCGUCUACACCCUCCUGCCCGUCCGCAUGCGGGCCGCCGUGCUCAGCGGCCUCCUGCUAUCCGCCAUCCACCUGGGCCUCGCCCUACGCGCCCGUGCCCACGACCGGGCCCUGCUCCGCCAGCUCGUCUCCAACGUCCUGAUCUUCUCGUGCACCAACCUGAUGGGCGCCUGUGCCCACUACCCGGCCGAGGGCUCGCAGCGCCAGGCCUUCCAGGAGACGCGCCAGUGCAUCCAGGCCCGCCUACACUCGCAACGGGAGAACCAGCAGCAGGAGCGGUUGCUGCUGUCGGUGCUGCCCCGGCACGUCGCCAUGGAGAUGAAAGCCGACAUCCAUGCCAAGCAGGAGGAUAUGAUGUUCCACAAGAUUUACAUCCAGAAACACGACAACGUCAGCAUCCUGUUCGCCGACAUCGAGGGCUUCACUAGCCUCGCCUCGCAGUGCACGGCGCAGGAGCUGGUGAUGACCCUCAACGAGCUGUUCGCCCGCUUCGACAAGCUGGCCGCCGAGAACCACUGUUUACGGAUCAAGAUCCUUGGCGACUGUUACUACUGCGUGUCGGGGCUCCCGGAGGCCCGCGCCGACCACGCCCACUGCUGCGUGGAGAUGGGCAUGGACAUGAUCGAGGCCAUCUCGCUGGUGCGGGAGGUGACUGGUGUGAACGUGAACAUGCGUGUGGGCAUCCACAGUGGCCGUGUGCACUGCGGUGUGCUCGGCCUGCGCAAGUGGCAGUUUGACGUCUGGUCCAACGAUGUCACACUCGCCAAUCAAAUGGAGGCGGGUGGUGCAGCGGGGCGCAUUCACAUCACCAAGGCCACGCUUAACUACCUGAACGGAGACUACGAGGUGGAACCGGGGUCCGGGGGUGAGCGCAACGCUUACCUCAAGGAUCACAACAUCGAAACCUUUCUCAUCAUUCGCUGCAGCCAGAAGCGGAAAGAGGAAAAGGCCAUGAUUGCCAGGAUGAAUCGACAACGUGCCAAUUCCAUCGGUCACAACCCACCCCCCUGGGCUGCUGACCGCCCCUUCUACAGCCACCGGGGUGGCGGCGGCCAUCAGGUCUCCAAGGAAAUGAAGAGGAUGGGUUUUGAAGACCCCAAGGACAAGAACACUCAGGAAAACAUGAACCCCGAGGACGAGGUGGACGAGUUUCUGGGCCGAGCCAUCGAUGCCCGGAGCAUCGACCGGCUACGAUCUGAGCAUGUGCGGAAAUUCCUACUGACUUUCCGGGAGCCCGACCUGGAACGGAAGUACUCCAAGCAGGUGGACGGCCGGUUCGGAGCUUACGUGGCCUGCGCCUCCAUCGUCUUUCUGUUCAUCUGCCUCGUCCAGAUGACCGUCGUUCCCCACUCCAGGUUCAUGCUGGGCGCCUACCUGGCCGCUGCCCUGAUGCUCACGGCUGUGGUGUUUGUGUCCGGGGUCUACACCUGCACCACGCUGUGCCCGGCGCCCCUGCAGUCGCUGUCCCGGAAGAUCGUCCAGUCCCGGAGGAACAGCACGGCAGUCGGUGUCUGCACCAUCUCCCUCGUGUUCCUGUCUGCCUUCGUCAACAUGUUCACAUGCAGCCGCGUGGACCUGCUCAGCUGUCUGGCUGCCGAGCACAACGUUUCACGGAACGAGAUCAACGCCUGCCACGUGCUCGCGUCUGAGCUCAACUUCACCCUGGGUGCGGAGCUGACCUCCUGCGGCAGCUCCCAGCCUCAGUGCCACUUUCCUGAGUACUUCACCUACAGCGUGCUGCUGAGCCUGCUGGCCUGCUCGGGGUUCCUGCAGAUGAGCUGCCCAGGGAAGCUGGCGCUGCUGCUGGUGGCCGAGGCGGUCUACGUCCUCAUCGUCGAGGGCCCCGCCGCCGCCCUCUUCGACAACGCCGACCUGCUCAACGCCGCCGCCGACGUCCUAGAUUUUCAAAACGGGACCAUGGAAUGCCACCCCCAGGAGACCAAGGUGUCCCUGAAGAUCGUGACCCCACUGGUGAUCAGCGUCUUCGUCCUGGCCCUCUACCUUCACGCCCAGCAGAUGGAGUCCACAGCCAGGCUCGACUUCCUCUGGAAGCUGCAGGCCACGGAGGAGAAGGAAGAGAUGGAGGAGCUGCAGGCGUACAACCGUCGGCUGCUGCACAACAUCCUUCCCAAGGACGUGGCGGCGCACUUCCUGGCCCGCGAGCGGCGCAACGAUGAGCUGUACUACCAGUCCUGUGAGUGCGUGGCCGUCAUGUUCGCCUCCAUCGCCAACUUCUCUGAAUUCUACGUAGAACUGGAGGCCAACAAUGAGGGCGUCGAGUGUCUGCGCCUGCUCAACGAGAUCAUCGCAGACUUUGACGAGAUCAUCAGCAAGGACCAGUUCCGGCAGCUGGAGAAGAUCAAGACCAUCGGCAGCACGUACAUGGCGGCAUCGGGCCUCAAUGACUCCACCUACGACAAGGCAGGGAAGACCCACAUCAAGGCCCUGGCCGAUUUUGCCAUGAAGCUCAUGGACCAGAUGAAACACAUCAACGAGCACUCCUUUAACAACUUCCAGAUGAAGAUCGGGCUGAACAUCGGGCCGGUGGUCGCCGGGGUGAUCGGGGCGCGGAAGCCCCAGUACGACAUUUGGGGAAACACAGUGAAUGUGGCCAGCCGCAUGGACAGCACCGGCAUCCCUAACAGAAUCCAGGUGACCACGGACAUGUACCAGGUGCUGGCGGCCAGUACGUACCAGCUGGAGUACCGCGGCGUGGUCAAGGUCAAGGGCAAAGGGGAGAUGAUGACGUACUUUCUCAACGGCGGCCCCCAGCCCAGUUAACGGCGGGCCGGCAGGACGCCCCCUCCCCUCCCGCCUCCCUGCCCCCCCGCGCGGCUUCCCCGGGCCGGGGGCCGGGCCGGGCUCUGUCGGCCGCCCCCUCCCCGACCCCGAGCUUUCUGUCAACCAAAGAAGCUUCCGCCGGGACCCCCCAGGAUCCAGAACCCCGGGACCCCCCAGGACAGGGGAAGGAGGCGCCCCCCGACCCCUCCCCCGGGUCUCCGCCCGGGAAAGAUAUUUAUUAAGCCGAACCGACACAGCCCCCGCGUUGCCCCGUGCCCCAGGGCUGCCGGCUGG